ACGAGGGGUGGGUUCCAGGGAGGGCAGUCUCUCGAGUCUUUCGUUGACUUGGUCGCUCCUCCUCACUCCAUCGUUUCUAGCAAGCUAGCUAGAUAACUAGGAGAGCUACCUUGAAGUGUGGGAGACUCAAAGUGGAUAAGGCUGACGGAAAAUGGCAGACGUCGAGGGAGAGGGAAUUAAUUCGGUGGCACCUCUGUUAGUUCAACCAUCCUCUCGUAACGGCUCCGAUGUCAGCCCAACGCAGGGCACCGGCAGUUGCCAAAGGGUGACUACCGUUACUUCAGGCCCGCGACUGUUGCGGAUAGUCAAGUCUGACUCGGGAUAUGGCUUCAAUGUCCGGGGACAGGUUAGCGAAGGAGGACAACUCCGGAGCAUCAACGGGGAAUUAUAUGCCCCGUUACAGCAUGUCAGUGCUGUUUUACCGGGAGGUGCAGCGGACAGAGCCGGUAUCUCGAAAGGGGACCGGAUUCUGGAAGUUAAUAGUGUGAACGUAGAGGGGGCGACCCAUAAGCAGGUGGUGGAUCUGAUCCGUGCGGGGGAGAUGGAGCUGAUGCUGGCCGUGCUGUCUGUACCUCCCCAGGAGGCUGACUGUCUGGACCCUGGAGACGACGGCUCAGCCCAGUCCUGCUACGACUACAGCGACAAACAGGCCGUCCCUAUCUCCGUCCCCACAUACAAACACGCUGAACUCAACCAGGAGAGGUUUGUGGUGUACAAUGUGUACAUGGCAGGCAGACAGCUGUGCUCUAAGAGGUACAGGGAGUUUGCUAUCCUCAACCAGAACCUGAAGAGAGAGUUUGCCAACUACGCCUUCCCCAAAAUACCUGGCAAAUGGCCCUUCUCCCUGUCUGAACAACAACUAGACGCUAGACGCAGGGGACUGGAGGAAUACCUGGAGAAAGUGUGUUCAGUGAGGGUGAUUGGGGAGAGUGAUGUCAUGCAGGAGUUUCUGUCUGAGUCUGAUGAGAACUAUAACGGUGUAUCAGAUGUGGAGUUGAGGAUAGCCAUGCCUGAUAAAACCACCGUCACAGUCCGAGUCCGCAAGAACUGUACUACUGACCAGGUCUACCAGGCUGUGGUCAUGAAAGUAGAAAUGGACAGCAUAACGGCCAGCUACUUUGCUCUGUUUGAGGUCAUCAACCACUCCUUUGUGCGUAAACUGGCUCCUAAUGAGUUCCCCCACAAGCUGUAUGUUCAGAACUACACGUCUGCUGUCCCUGGGACCUGCCUCACCCUGCGCAAGUGGCUCUUCACCACCGAGGAGGAGAUCCUGCUCAAUGACAACCAACUGGCCGUCAGCUACUGCUUCCACCAGGCGGUGGAUGAUGUGAAAAGGGGAUUUAUCAAGGCGGAGGAGAAGUCCUACCAGCUACAUAAAUUAGCAGAACAGAAGAAGAUGGCCAUGUAUCUCAGUAUGUUACGGGGCUGUGAAGGCUACAAUGUGAUCAUCUUCCCACACUGCUCCUGUGACUCCCGACGCAAAGGCCACGUCGUCACAGCCAUCAGCAUACACCACUUUAAACUGCACGCCUGCACAGAGGAGGGAACGCUAGAGAACCAGGUGAUCGUGUUUGAGUGGGUGGAGAUGCAGCGAUGGGACACUGAUGAGGAGGGCAUGGCCUUCUGCUUCGAGUACGCCAGGGGAGAGAAGAAACCUCGCUGGGUCAAGAUCUUCACUCCCUACUUCAACUACCUGCAUGAGUGCGUUGAGAGAGUCUUCUGUGAACUCAAGUGGAGGAAAGAGGUGGAAGAGGAGGCUGUGGAUAAGGACAAUAGGAACUGCAGUAAAGAUGGUAUGUGUAGCAAGAAUAUCUUCCAGCUGUUGAGACACAGAAGGGAUGGAGGCACGUAGGAGGAGAGAUCAUCACCUCCUAAACAUGCUCUCCUCCAUCCAUCCCUCUGGCCUGGCUCGGCCCGGAACUGACACCACUACCUGUCCUCACACAAACACUACUACACCAACUACAAACCAACCAACUACAACUUCUACAUACCAAUAACAGCAACUACAGAUCAACAACCACUACACACCAUCAAACUACAAAUGAACAACUUCUGGACUGACUGAAGGAGAAACAACGACACACACUACAACUGAAGCUGUUAUUCACCAUGAACCCUUGAAUACAACCCAACCACACGAUAUAAACACACUCGACAAGCCAACAGGAAGCUACAGUAGAAACAUAUAGCAGGUUUGGACAGGUGAAUAAGUAACUCUAAAGACUUAGAUACAUGCCUUCAUACAUUGCAUCACCUCUUUGGUCAAAACUCCAUGGAGACCUGUGACUAUUGGCUAAGGAGGCUGACGUCUUGUGGUGGGAUUGGAUGAAGGAAUGGUUCUCUGGGACGAUAUUGGACAAGGGAUUUGACACAUGCAAGGCCAUUGGGUGUUUUGUGGCCACUUUGGAAUGCUCUGGACUGGAACAGAGUGCAGUGGAAGAAGAGAACAAAAGAGGGAUACAGAUGCUGGAACAGAACCUGUUCUAAAAGAGGAAAUGGCUGGUGGUGAUGGAACAGAACCUGUUCUAAAAGAGGAAACGGCUGGUGGUGAUGGAACAGAACCUGUUCUAAAAGAGGAAACGGCUGGUGGUGAUGGAACAGAACCUGUUCUAAAAGAGGAAACGGCUGGUGGUGAUGGAACAGAACCUGUUCUAAAAGAGGAAACGGCUGGUGGUGAUGGAACAGAACCUGUUCUAAAAGAGGAAACGGCUGGUGGUGAUGGAACAGAACCUGUUCUAAAAGAGGAAAUGGCUGGUGGUGAUGGAACAGAACCUGUUCAAAUAGAGGAAACGGCUGGUGGUGAUGGAACAGAACCUGUUCUAAAAGAGGAAACGGCUGGUGGUGAUGGAACAGAACCUGUUCUAAAAGAGGAAACGGCUGGUGGUGAUGGAACAGAACCUGUUCUAAAAGAGGAAACGGCUGGUGGUGAUGGAACAGAACCUGUUCUAAAAGAGGAAACGGCUGGUGGUGAUGGAACAGAACCUGUUCUAAAAGAGGAAAUGGCUGGUGGUGAUGGAACAGAACCUGUUCUAAAAGAGGAAAUGGCUGGUGGUGAUGGAACAGAACCUGUUCUAAAAGAGGAAACGGCUGGUGGUGAUGGAACAGAACCUGUUCAAAUAGAGGAAACGGCUGGUGGUGAUGGAACAGAACCUGUUCUAAAAGAGGAAACGGCUGGUGGUGAUGGAACAGAACCUGUUCUAAAAGAGGAAACGGCUGGUGGUGAUGGAACAGAACCUGUUCUAAAAGAGGAAACGGCUGGUGGUGAUGGAACAGAACCUGUUCUAAAAGAGGAAACGGCUGGUGGUGAUGGAACAGAACCUGUUCUAAAAGAGGAAACGGCUGGUGGUGAUGGAACAGAACCUGUUCUAAAAGAGGAAACGGCUGGUGGUGAUGGAACAGAACCUGUUCUAAAAGAGGAAACGGCUGGUGGUGAUGGAACAGAACCUGUUCUAAAAGAGGAAACGGCUGGUGGUGAUGGAACAGAACCUGUUCUAAAAGAGGAAACGGCUGGUGGUGAUGGAACAGAACCUGUUCUAAAAGAGGAAACGGCUGGUGGUGAUGGAACAGAACCUGUUCUAAAAGAGGAAACGGCUGGUGGUGAUGGAACAGAACCUGUUCUAAAAGAGGAAACGGCUGGUGGUGAUGGAACAGAACCUGUUCUAAAAGAGGAAAUGGCUGGUGGUGAUGGAACAGAACCUGUUCUAAAAGAGGAAAUGGCUGGUGGUGAUGGAACAGAACCUGUUCAAAUAGAGGAAACGGCUGGUGGUGAUGGAACAGAACCUGUUCUAAAAGAGGAAACGGCUGGUGGUGAUGGAACAGAACCUGUUCUAAAAGAGGAAACGGCUGGUGGUGAUGGAACAGAACCUGUUCUAAAAGAGGAAACGGCUGGUGGUGAUGGAACAGAACCUGUUCUAAAAGAGGAAACGGCUGGUGGUGAUGGAACAGAACCUGUUCUAAAAGAGGAAACGGCUGGUGGUGAUGGACUGAGGAGACGCAUCUGAAAAGUUCAAAAACAGGAACUGUGUGUGUCGACUGAUUAUGGACUGAGCUGUGAGAGUCUAGGUUGGAACCCUGGAGGUAGAAAUACAACCCUUCUCUCUGAACUGAACUCCCAGAAUCAGUCUAGACAGACGGAGGGAAACGGCCCCAUGAUAUAAGAGACUGGACUCAUAUGAACCACACAGACAGAUUGACAUAGAUAUUAUCUCCUGUUUGUAGCCACUAUCUCCAUUUCAAAGAGAUCUACUGAAGAGACUAUUACAGAGAGAGAGAGAGACACCAUACAUUUCCUUUAUUUGUGACUAUUGGGCCGAGCAGAACCAAGGGUAGCAUGUGUGUUUCAGCUGUUGGUUCUGUUUUGGUUUACAGAUGCUGAAAUUGCCCUGAAGCCAUUUUUGAAUACACAAACCUUCUCAUAAAAAAACACACACACACACACACACACAGAAUGCUCAUCAUGUAGGAAUUGGAUCCCAGGAAAGUAUUCUGCCAUCUUGACACAUACCUGAACAAUGAACAUGUCUACUUCACCUGUGUGUUUUGUGUACUUCCAAAAGAGAGAUAUAUAUAUAUAUAUAUAUAUAAUUUCAGACAUUGGACAGAAUAGCACAAAAAGAACCCUAUAAGAUGUUGACCACGUUAAGCUCAAUAUGUAUUCAUUCUAUGCUAGCCUAAGCUUUCUGUUCUGCUGAUGCCUAACCGUGGGUUGUCAUGAAGACGCUAUUUAUGCUGGGUUGUAAAUAACACUGAACUCAGAAGUGCA